AGUUGCCUGAAUAUCCUCCAACAAUCAGCGUGGGAAGGGAGCCUCUAGACUACGGGGAUACUUUGAGAGCCAACUGCUCGAGCUCCCCUUCUAGCCCCAAGGCCUUCUUGACGUUGCUGCUCAAUAAUUUAACGGUAGCCAAAAGUGAAUUCAACGCAUCCAAGAACUUCAACGAACCACCUUCUUGGAGUGACCUGGGACUACAAAUGUUACUUUCAGAGUACCACUUUAGCGGAGGCCGCCUGAUCCUACGCUGCGUUGCCGAAAUCAGCGACAUCUAUCGCGAAGAGGCUGUGCUCAAACUAGGUAGUGUAAGAGAUCCCGUCCCAGAGCGAG